AUGAGAUUAUCAACAGGAGUUAUUACAGCCGCAUUAGGAGCGAAGGUUCUUGCUGCAGAUACCACCGACUAUUUGGGCGGAUUAACAGAUUUAUAUGAAAGUUAUGGCACUGAUGCUGUCAAUUCUAUUGCCGACCUUUAUAAAACUGACGGUUCAUUAUUUCAACAAUACGAGACUAUUGCUGAAGAUCUUACUAAUAAGCCAUGGUAUUCAAAUCUUGCGCAUUUGACUGAUGCGGCUGAUGUUUCAAACGCUAUUGGCGAGCUGUGGUUUACUUCCUAUGAAAACUGGGCAAGUUCUGUAGCUGGUGUUGGAGGAUUCUACAAUGGGGGUUUAGGUCAGGGUGGAUCUGCAGGUAGUGAAGAAUCUGGUUCUGGUUCUGGUUCUGAUUCUUCUGAAUCUGGUGUUGCAUCUGGAACUAACUCCGGGUCCAGCUCUGGUAGUAAGUCAUCUGGUGCUGGAAGCAAAUCGUCUGGUUCAGGUGGCUCUGGAAGUAAAUCCUCUGAUUCUGGAAGCAAGUCUUCUGGUUCUGGUUCUGGCUCUGGCUCCAGCUCAUCUUCUGGCUCCGGCUCUGGUUCUGGUUCCAGCUCAUCUGCUGGUUCUGAUUCUAGUUCAUCUGCUGGUUCUGAUUCUAGUUCAUCUGCUGGUUCUGAUGCUAACGUAUUCUACGCACCAUUUGGAGCUACAUUAGGUGCUUUAAUCCUUGCUUUGAUAUAA